AUGCGUGUGCCCAUGUCCUGCAUGCGUGUGCCCACGUCCUGCAUGCCUGUGCUCACACAUCUCCAGGCCGCGGUGGAGGAGGUGCUGCCCGCGCUGCAGCAGGACGGGGUCCGCGUCUUCUACCUGAGCGCCGCGUCGCCCACGCCGGGCGUGGAGGCCCUGGGACCCAGCAUGGAGGAGGCCUCGGAUGAGCCGCUGCCGGCCCGGCACCGCGCGGACAUCACGCCCAACUCCAAGGCCAUCUACAUCUUCACCUCCGGGACCACAGGGUUGCCCAAAGCUGCAGUGAUAACUGAGAAGAAGCUGAUGAUGGUGGCCAACAUGGGCCGGCUGUGCGGCUUACGGGCCAGCGACGUCCUGUACACGGCCCUGCCGCUCUACCACUCGGCCGCGCUGCUCGUCGGGCUGGGAGGGUGCCUGGAGGUCGGAGCCACCUGCGUGCUGCGGGCCAAGUUCUCCGCCUCGCACUUCUGGGACGACUGUCGCCGCUACAACGUCACCGUCAUCCAGUACGUGGGCGAGCUCAUGCGCUACAUCUGCAACACCCCCGAGCGCCCCGGCGAGCGGGACCACAGCGUGCGCAUGGCGAUAGGCAACGGCAUGAGGGCGGAGGUGUGGAGGAAGUUCCUGCAGCGCUUCGGGCCCGUCACCAUCCGGGAGUUCUACGGGGCCACCGAGGGCAACGCCGGCUUCAUCAACUACACGGGCAAGAUCGGCGCCGUGGGGAGGGCGAACGCGUUCCUCAAGAAAUUCUCUGCCUUUGAGCUGAUCCGGUACAACGUGGAGCGGGACGAACCCGUCCGCAACGAGCAAGGGUUCUGCAUCCCCGUCCGCCGCGGUGAGGCCGGGCUCUUGGUCAUCAAAAUCACCAAGAAAACUCCUUUCCACGGCUACGCCGGAGAUCCCGAGAAGACCAAGAGGAAGAUCCUGAGGAACGUCCUUGAGAAAGGCGACGCCUUCUUCAAUAGCGGCGACCUCCUCGUGAUGGACCAUGAAAAUUUCCUUUAUUUCCAGGACCGGGUUGGAGACACUUUCCGGUGGAAAGGUGAGAACGUGGCCACGACGGAGGUGGAGGACAUGCUAGCGCCGGUGAGCUUCAUCCAGGAGAUCAACGUCUACGGGGUGUCUGUGCCGGGGUGCGAGGGCAGGUGUGGCAUGGCGGCCGUGUGCCUCAGGGCCGGGAUGAGCUUCCAGGGCGAGAGCUUCUACGCGCAGGCCAAGGAGUCCCUGCCCAGCUACGCCGUCCCCCUCUUCGUGCGCAUCCAGGAAGCCCUGGAGAUCACCGGGACCUUCAAGCAGCGCAAAAGCAACCUCAUCAAAGAGGGGUUCGACCCCAACGUCAUCAAGGAGCCGCUCUUCUUCCUCGACGAGACGAAGAAGACCUACGUGCCCUUGAGUCCCGCGGUCUACGCGGACAUCCUGGAGAUGAAGCUCAAACUGUAG